AUGAAGAUCUUUAUUGUAAUUUGUAUUCUGGUUGCCGCCGCUGACGCUGGGAAUAUAACUGAAAUUAUUCAAACCAUAAGAAACUUGCAAGCAGCUUCCGGUGGAAAUCCGGGAACCGAUGAGAAUUUACUUGAAAUUAUUCUAACCUAUAAAUCCUUGAGAGAUCAGAAGAAAGCCCAGUCCUUAGGAAGUUCUUCCUUCAACUCUAAUGGAUACAGCUUCUCUGCACCCCGUUCGAGCUAUUCGGCUCCAGGUAUCGGCUACUCAGAGCCUUCUAUUGGCUAUUCAGCGCCUGCUUUUGACUAUUCGGCGCCUGCUGUAAGUUAUUCAGUACCAGCUGUCAGUUCCAGUUAUUCAGCUCCCGCAUUAAGCUAUUCAUCUCCAGUAUCUUACUCAGCCCCAGCACCCAGCUACUCAGCGCCAGCUGUUAAUCUUGGUGGCUGUAAAUCAUGUCAAUUAGCAGGUAUUUCAUCACAAAUAAGUGGUAUAUCCGGAGGAUAUGGAGGCGACUACGCCAGUGGCUAUGCUAAGAGAUGG